GUGGGUCCCUGUGAGGGCAUUAGUAUUGGCGACGACGUAAUGAUGUCUCGAUACCUACUUCACAGAGUGGCUGAAGACCUUCACAUUGGCGUAACCUUUGACCCGAAACCCGUACCCAACUGGUUGGGCGCCGGCGCUCACAUGAAUUUCAGUACAGAGAAAAUGCGUGCAAAGGGAGGGCUGACGGAGAUAGAGAGGGCUAUCGAAAAGCUGAGCAAAAGGCAUGAGAAACACCUGUCCCUCUAUGACCCCCGCGGAGGCGCCGACAAUAUUAGGCGACUAACCGCAACGGGGUCUCUGUUUUAUGCGUCGGAUAUGAAUCAGUUCUCGUCAGGUGUGGCCAAACGUGGGGCCAGUAUUCGCAUACCUAAACGGGUGGCACAGGAGGGUAGGGGUUAUAUGGAGGACAGGCGACCCGCGUCUAACUGCGACCCAUAUAUGGUGGCCGAGGCUCUGGUCCGCACCUGUCUAUUGAAUGAGUGA